UUUAAGUUGAAACUUACACUAUCAUAGAGUAAAUGUGAACAGAAAGUAGUUUGUUUUAUUGUAUGUUACCUUGACAUUUUUCGUAAAUAACAACGUGCGACUACUUUGUAACACUUGGUCUCAUUCAUCUGAUUUAUUUGCAUAUUACGCUAGAUAGAUAAUCUUGCCAGGAUACAUUAUCUGCUUUUUCCCUCUUUAGGCCUUCCAAUUCUGGCCGUAAUAUGUCCUUCUUUAGUUCCUGACCGAAUGCUUGUCAUUCACACCACUCGGCAUCUGCUAAAAUUAUUAAUAAUGCAACUAAUUUGAAUCACUCAAAGUGCUUUUGUAUCCGUUGUCUGGGAUGUAUAAACAUGUCUCCGUGUUUUACGUUUAUUAGGCGUAAACAAAAUAAUAACAAAGAAAUAUUUCUUGCCAUCCUGGGAUUGGAUAAUUCUGGAAAGACAACAAUAUCUCUCAGCAUAAAGGGUGGUAUGUUUUGAUCACGUUUCCAAAAAUUUUAUUUACAUUCAUACCUAAGUCUCCAGUGACUUAGUUGCUCCAACUAUCGGCUUUGAUCGUAUUGAAUUUGCUAUCGACAGCUUUAAUAUCAACCUUUAUGAUUUGGGUGGUGGUCGUACAAUACGUGAUAUUUGGGAAACAUAUUUUGCUGAAGUCUAUGGUGUUAUAUUCGUGGUUGAUUCAAGUACGCCAGAGAGAUUAGAAGAAUGUCACGAAGCAUUAGUCAAUGUUCUUUCCCAUCCUUGUAUAUCCGGUAAACCAAUUCUUUUGUAAGUUGUGAGAUGGUUACACAAGGUAAUGGGUUGUGCUUAUCACUUUAGACUAGCAAACAAGCGAGAUAUUAAAGGUGCGUUAGAUGAGUCGGAGCUGAUAGCAGCACUCCAGCUGGAUGAUCUCGUCAAUGAAUAUAAAUGCCCUUGUCGCUUGGAGCAUUGUUGUGCUUUAUUACUACCUAAUCAAAAGUUGGAUAAAGCGAUUCGUGAAGGUUUGAAAUGGCUUCUUGCUUAUAUUCAGUCAGAUUUGAUAAAUAUUCAAUCACGAGUUGGUGCUGAUGUAGAUAGACAAAUAAGACAACAAACAGAAGAACGAGCAGCUAGAAAAGAAAGAGUUCGAUUAGCUAGAGAGGAGAGAGAACGUUUGAGAAAACUGUCUAAUCAACACAUCAACAAUACGUUCACAGCAGGUAGUCUAGACGAUUUAGGUGAAAAUUCAAAUGAAUUAAUCAACCAACAAUUAACAUUAAAAACCGAAAAUACAUGUACGGUGUCCAACAUUUUUGAAAAUAACUUGUGUAGUGACAGUCCUAAAUAUAAAGAACCUACUAAUUUACCAGAACUUAACCAAUAUAAUGAUAUUCAAUUUGUUCAAAUCAAUCCAUUAGUAUCUGAUGAGAAAAAUAAUUCUUUGGCAUGUUCACAACUGAAUUCACGUGACCUAUUACAUCAAAUAAAGUUAGCCUGUAGUAUUGAUCUGGAAUUCCAAAAUAAAAAAUUGAGUUUGGAUAGCUACCGUGGUUUUGAUAAAGAGGGCUUAUUCAUUGAAUUAGAAAGACAGCUGCAUAUUAGUGUUGAUGAUUCAAAAGAAAAUGAUAAUACCCGUACUAUAACUGAAAAACAUGAUGAAGUAUCAAAACAGUUUUCAUUAUCGCCUUCGGUCUCAAAUGGUCAUAAGAAAGAUGUGGAAUUACAACCUGAAUUCAUGGAAAUGAAUAUGUCGAAAAGCAAACUCCAAUGUGAUAAAGAUUAUUCGAUUCCUCAAACAGCGAAUGGUAGUGCCCGUUUUGUUAAUAGAACACCAACUGUGGUCCAUUCGUUAUAUGAGAAAAAUACUUCUUCGGUUGAAAUAUCUGUUCACCAAUCGUUUAAUGUUCAAAAAAAUCCGUUUGAGAAGGUUGAACACAGAGACAACAAUUCCAGUCUAUCGGGAACUGUGCCAAUAUCAAAAUUUACUAAAGGACCUUCACCACUGGCACGGAUUUUUGUGUCGAAUUUCAAUAAACUACAUCCAAUCACAGAUCAGAAACCAGAAGGCUCAAUGUCAUCUAUAUCGCAAUCAUUUACAUCAGAAGAGAAAAAUAAUUCGGAUAAAUUCUAUGCAACCUCUGUUUCUAAUUCUAAUUUAAAAUCGUCAGACUGAACGUACAAACGUAUAUGUAUGUUUUUAUUAAUUAUUACACAAACGCCGCUUACGUCAAUUAUCAUUAUUCAACUAUUUAUAAAAUACUUUUUCUGCUUGACGCGUUUUAUUAUCAAUAGAGAAGCGUGUUCAUUGUUUGAAAUUCACAUUUUAAUAAAAUGGAAUGCAGACGCAUUUGAUUAGAAAAUCUUAUUGCGUAAACACGACGAUAGGAAGAAACUUAAGUGUAUGUCUGUGUUCAAAAUCAGCUAAUUAUUCACAAUAAUUAUCUCGCAAUAAGGAUUAAAAAACCUAGGUUUCCGUUCAG